UAUCAGGGAAAAAAAUACUGCUGCGGGACUCGACACGCACACACACACGCGAGCGCGCGCGCACACCGACUAACACACAGAUGGAGUCCAGAGGAGAAAGAUCUAGCUGUCUGUUGCGACGUGAUCACGUUCAUGUCACAGGAUGGAUUUGCUCUUGAGGACGUGAGCGCGCGCUUCGGAAAUGGUUUCACACCAGGAAAUGCAUACAUUUGCAAGAUUUGUACGUUUCAAGGAGCAGUAGCGUCAAGAUCCAUCACUUCCCUUUCUGACUGAACACGAUCCACUGACCCCCAUUGUGUCAUCUUGGCUCCCUUUUGGUUCCUGCACCUUGAACCAAGUCUUAGGUUCAUUGAUGGAGCAAAGGGACUUAACUCGCCCUUCGAGGCCCAAAGGGAACGAGGAGUUCUUCUCCACCGUGACCACCAUCAACAGGGCUGAUCUUACCGAGGUGGGCCUUCUAACCACUCCGGUGAAAGGGCUCGGUUUGGCUGGUGAGCAACAGGAACAUGAGGAGGAUGAAGACCUCGGCCUGGGUAAAGACAUGGAUGUCACUUCUAACGCGGACAGUGAGAAGUGGGUGCAGGGAGACAGCCUCGAGGAGCAGGAAUUCUCCAUCAAAGAGGCAAGUUUCUCAGAAGGCAGCCUUAAACUAAAGAUCCAAACCACCAAGCGGGCCAAAAAGCCACCCAAGAGCCUGGAGAACUACAUCUGCCCACCUGAGAUCCGCGUCACUAUAAAACAGCCCGGUGAGCAGAAGACUUCCAGGCAUGGCAAGAGCACUAAAGGUGGAAAGGAUGAAGGACCUCUUAGAAAGAGGACCUAUGAAAGGCCUGUCAAGGUUGUGGCUCAAAAUGACAACAGAAUGAUGGAUGUGCCUGGGGAGAACCUGAGACCAAAACAUGAGCCCAAAACUGACAUCCACCAACUGGAUUGGACAAAGCCAAUAUUAAGAGAGUCAACAUCCCAUGGGGAUCCAGCGAGAGAUCCGGAAUCAAAACAAGAAUCAACAUUCAAUAACAAGAGCCUUCUGUUAGAGGUCAACACCCCCUUCUCAAAGGCACAAGUUAAAAAGGUCACGGAGGGUUCAUCUGGAAGUCUGUUUUCCUCGGAAAUGACUUGUCCUGUUACUGACUCACAGGCUACUUCUGCAGCUGAUAUAACAAUGAAUGCACUAGCAGAAUCGAAUGUGUUGAUACACUCUAACCCUCUCCACUCUAUAAGCAAAGAAAGAGGUUUGCAGGAGGUCACUGAGCAAGUUUUUGGGAACAUCAAAAGGAAGUAUGGUCGAAGGGUACUGAUCACCCCUAAUGGAGACCUGCCCUGGGCAAAAAAGACUGACAAGGAAAGUCAGAAAACAGCUCAAGACAAUAUAAAGAAUAAACUGUUUAACUCUGAAGAAACUUGGAGUCAGAGGGAUGAGGUAGAAAAAUCAAUGAAGAGAUCAGUAGAUAAUUUCAGAACAAUAUCUAACUGUGUUCAACAUCACACAGAUGAACCUAAAAGCAGAAAGAAGAAAAGCAGACGAUUAACUGAAGAUGGCAACUUUCUGGAAGAAAUGCAAACCACACAGACAGUAGAAAUGAAAGAUAAGGCUGACCAAGGUGCAACAAAACCUAAAGUAGCAGGGAUGAAUCUAAAUGUAAGCAAAAUGGAAUUGAGUACAGGAAAGCAAUUUGGGGUGGAUUCACAGAAGCUUGGGGAAGAGAGUGCAGCAGCAGUGCCAACUGUGGACAUUACUGAGAAUAGGCACAAGAACCCAGUUGGGAGACCCCAAUCAUUGAUUGCUCCAGAGAAGCAAGCAGAUGGGAGGCAAUCAAAGUUCAAGGACAGAUGGGUUUAUUUAAAAUCUAAAAGCUCUGCACCUCACAAAGACCCUAAUCCAGCAAUGCUCAUUGAAGAACCACCCUCUGCUUUCCCCAUUACGCCAUCCAGCCCAUUAUACACCAACACAAACAGUCUGACAGUCAUCACCCCCAUAAAGAAAAAACGUGGUAGGCCUAAAAAACAACCACUACUUACUGUGGAGACAAUUCAUGAAGGAACAUCAACCAGCCCUGUAAGUCCAAUCAACCAAGAUUCACCUAGCAUUUCAAAGAGGAGGAGGAAGAAACAUAAUUUGUCUAAAAUAAUGCAACAGGCCUUAAAUAAUUCUCCAGCUUUACCAGAGGCAAAAUGCAAAAGAACAGGCCAUGUUGGUUUCUUUAAAAAGAAAACAACUAAGAAAGUGAAACUGGUUAAAAUGCAGAACAUUUUGAAUGAACUUCUGUCCUCUUCUAACACUAGUAACCUGGCUUUAAAAUCCAGUUUGCCGGUUUCCACUGCCGUGUCAACUGUGGCAUCGACAAUUGAAGCCCGUUUAGGCAAGCAAAUCAAUGUCAGCAAACGUGGUACUAUUUACAUAGGCAAAAAACGAGGGAGGAAGCCCAAAGCUGAGCUUCACACUCAGCAAGAUGAGCACAAAGCCAAUGAUGAGCACUUGUUGCCUGUUUCAAGUACGUUCGAGAACCUUCUAGUGCCUUCUAAUUCAUCAUCAACAGCCAGAAUGCCUUCUCCCAGGGUCAUGCAGUCUUUUUCAGCUCAGUCAUUAGUAGGUGGACCAGCACAUCAUGCCACCACAGAAACCAGCCAGCAUGACCUGAAGACCAUGCCAAAUCUACAGCCUAUCAGUGCUUUGCCCACAAAAACUCAGAAGGGCUUGCUCAGCAGUAGCUGGAAACUCUCUCCUCCAAGACUUAUGGCCAACUCACCAUCUCAUCUUUCUGAAGUGGCAUCCAUCAAAGAGGUCACCCUCUCUCCAGUGAGCGAGUCCCACAGUGAAGAGACAAUCCCAAGUGAUAGUGGCAUUGGUACUGACAAUAACAGCACAUCAGAUCAGACUGAGAAAGGUCCAGCAUCUCGCAGGAGGUACUCCUUUGAUCUUUGCGGUUUCGAAGCAGCAGAGGCUGCUGUUUUGGAAGCUACGAAUAAAGCAACCCGAGCGCACUAUCAGAAGCAUGCGACAUCGGUUGCUAUGGAGAAUUUCCUUGCGCAAGAAAGCCUCAAGAAACAGAAACAUCGACGUAAGCGAAAGGGCCUAACUAGUAGGGAUGAUCUUCAGUACCGGGCCGACCUUGAGGAACUCAUUAGCAAGUUCCAGGUCUUUCGAAUUUCUCACCGCAGUUACAAGUUUUACCAUGAGAACUCUUACCCCAGUAUUUUCCGUCUCAAUUUUGACCAUUACUACCCAGUGCCCUGCUACCCCUAUGAUCCUGUGCACUAUCUUCGCAGGAGUUCUGAAAAGUCAAAGAGAAGACGUGGCAGGCCGGCCAAAUCAGCUGAACCUAUUACAAAGAUGCCUUUCAUUCAAGGGUUCGGCUAUUCGGCAGCCAGUGGCAAUUACUAUGCACCCUACGCAAUGCCUUAUACAGCCAUGCCUCUUGCCACUAGUAUGAUGAACAUGGGGUAUUAUGGGCAGUAUCCUCCUCCUUUGUAUCUGUCCCAUGCACUCGGAUCUUCAGGCACUCAUCUCAUGCGGCCUCCAGUUCCUCCACCAAAGUUCCACUCCAGUGGGUUGUCUAGCAUCUCUGCUAGCAGCAGACAUAGGAUGAAGAACAUGCCCCAUGAGAUGUCUUCUCCCAGGAUGGGUGACGCUCACCAUCCCUCAAGUAGCUGCUUGGCGAGUGUCUGUCUCCACAAACGCAAACACAAGCAUAAGCACAAACAUAAGGAGGACCAGCACUCAGUGCCACAGAGGGAGAACCUCGGUGGACUCUUUAGUGGAGCUCUGCCUCUUUCUAAGAUAAAGGACAAGCAGAGGAGCCAGCAAAGUCUGGGUACUUCAUCCAAGACAUCCAGGAACUACUUUGAAGUAGACACACUCUCAUCGUUGUCCUUAUCUGACUCUCAGAACUGUAAACAUCCUCGAGAAGAGCCACUGAACAACUUCCUGAACAUGUGCACUAAGCAACCACACGAACGGCUACGAGCCAACCAGGACAAGCCACUGGACCCAUUCAAGGGCCAGCACUUACAAGAUGAGGGUUCUCACAUCCGGAGUAGGAUGCAUAGCUUGGAAGAGUUUGCAGCAUACAGUGAGGGGAGCAUGGCACCCUUCCAGAGUGACACUGAAGAAAGAAUGAAGCAGAUGUACCAUUGCGGUAACGCAACCAUCGCAGAACUGGGCUCUUGCAAGAAAAGAUACAAGCGGAAGGAGAUUGAGGAGAUGCAAAGUGACGUGCGGAGGAAGCACGCAUUCUCCAAGAUCCUCACCAGCAAAAGGAGCCUGGACCAUGUGAACAAGAUCCUGAAGGUCAAGCGCCUCCAGCGGCAGGCCAAAACGGGCAACAACGUGGUAAAGCGGCGGAGGGGGAGGCCGCGAAAGCAGACACUUGCCCACAACGAAGGCUUCUUGCCUCAGAUGCCCGUCCUGGAAAAGUGCAUGAACUUUCCAGGCAAAAGGAACCUUCACAACUUCCCGAUGCUCACCCAUCCAGAGUUCUCCAGCCAUGACUCAAUCUCAGAUGCCAUCGAGGCAGUGGUACACCAGGCCCGGGCACAGCCCAAUCCACAGACACCACAGAUUGGGAAGCCCUACCCUAAAUAUCAGCCAGAGGAGCAGCUAGAGCGGCCAGUACGGCGAGGCAGGGGAAGCAGAAGGAAUGAACCAGCUUCUCAUUAAAAGUUUCAUUAAAAGUGCACUGUGAGUUUGACUUGCACUCCGACCUUUGGAUAAUUUUUUGGCAUUAUGGUUGUCUUUUCUUUUUAAUCAGCUCUGCUGAACUUUACAUCAUGGGCAUUCUGUGAGAAUCAUGAAUGUGGUCUAAAAAGUGCCCUGAUUUUACUAUACAGUGUAUGUAUAUGCCAUCACUGCAAGUUCUCACUCGCUUUCUUUUUUUUAUUCUUGUGUUAAGCUUUUUGCUCUCCCAAAGCCCAUAAGGAUUUUGAAACAAUGGCUGUCGCCAUGAUCUUACCAGCAAGUGUAAAUGAAUUGUUUUGAACUUCUAAUACAGUACUGUGCACUUUUGGGGUUUCUUUGCCUUUUUGGUUCUUUCAAGUCAAAGCACAGUGACUACGAUAAAGAUCAGUGUUAUGAAACUGGUCAACUCACACACACACACACACACACACACACACACACACACACACACACACACACACACACACACACACACACACUUGCCUGCGCUCAGGUUUGUUCCGGGCAUGAACUAAUGGCAAUACCCUUGAAUUGAAUGAGACUCUUCUACUAUCUUCAAUGGCUAUAGUUUAAGUGUACAUAGAAACGUAAUCUUACAAACAUUACAAAGUGAAAGUAUUUUAGAGUUACCUGUACUGUCAUCAUAUCAACUAGAAAACUGUACAAUAUUCAAAUAAUGUUUUAACCAAAUAUUAGAAAUAGAUGUGACAUACAAAAGCUUGUGUUCAAAUGCAAAAAUGAAACCCACAGUAUUUAAUAAUCACACCAUUAACGAAGUGGAUGCAUCACAGAUCGAAGGAUUAUAUGACAAUGGCAGUGUGUAAAAAGUCAAAUCUCUCAAAAACCUUCGCUUAUAUACAUUUUACAGUAUACUCCGUUCAUUGUGCAUGGGAAAAAAAAGAAUCCUAUUCUUGCAUUUAAAAGCAACACAGCACUUACUCCAGUCUCCUUAUACAUAUUACAGAUUAGUAUUACACAUUCUCACUGAGUAUUUUUUAUUCGAAUAACCAACAAUAUCUGGAAUCAUAUUUUUAGUAAUACUAGUUAAUAUCAGUGAUUUUUCAGUCAGUUACUUGACAAACAUGGUAACUGAGUUGCCUUUUCCAGAGUCUAUUUGAGAACGUGCCUGCUCAUAGUAGUAAUAUAAAAAUAAUAAUGUUACUUUAUUACUUACAAAGUAAUAAACAAAUAUAUAUUGACAUGACAGUCAGUAUUAGAUGUCCACACAACCAAAGGUUCGGUCGUGUUGUAGUUCAUAUUCUAGGUGGAUUUUGGUUUAGAAAAGUGUAACAGAUGGGUAUGUGUGGAUCCGACAUGUUAGACUUCAUUAUUGUAUACAGCUUAGCAUCUGAAACCAGGCUUCAGUAUAGUGCAGUGUUUCGACGCUCUUUUAGAAAUGUAUAUUCAACCGGUCGUAAUGCAGAAAGCGAUGUCGUGUGGUUUAAUUUCUCGGUUGUUUCAUAUAUGUGCCUUAUGUUUGUCAAUAAGUCCAUAACAUUUCAGCUACAGGGAACUAUGAAUGGCAAGAAAUAAUGUUGAAUUCUUACAUAUAUUAUUUGUAUCCACAAAUUGGUCAUGAAUGUACAUAUGCCUGCUCUUCUUUUCUCCUGCUCCUUAGAUCGGUCCCCUUUUAGAUGCACUUACGCAGAUAAGAUCAGAGAGGGUCUUAUUGAAACGAUCUGCUUUCUAGGUAGCUUUUUCGGCCGUGACAUAACAGGAUUGAUUUUGAAUCAGAACGCUGUGUGUGUAAAAUGAAAAAAUAAAAAAUAAAAAUCAGACGUGCGAUGAAAAACUGUGCUUGUGACAAUUUCAACAAGACUACAACCACAUUUAAAAAAAACAAACAAACAAAAAAACCACACAGGUACCAAAUAUCCAAUGUUCCAUUGCUAAUGUUCCAGCACCGGUUAAGGGUUAUCAUGAUGUGUGACGUGUUUGAAAUUUCUAUGCAUCGGGUUCUACCUGCAAAUUGACAGAAAGAAAUAAUGUUUCAAGGCUUUUCUUUUUUCCCAAUUUAGUUCAGUUUAUCAAAGUGGUCUUACUGAUAAUAAUAAUAUUCUGUAACCUGUAUUUUUUUUUGCAAAUAAGUGACUAUCUGCCCUUUUUUUUUUUUUUUUUUUUAGUUAUCAAUAUUGGAGCAAAUCUUAAUGCUGCAUAGGGCAGAAAAAAAAUCAGCCUCUAAACAGCAGAGCCUUAAUCAUGUUACAUUACAUUAACAAAAUAAACCCUGUAAAUACUAUAAUCACCUGUCUGUUACUCAACAGCGUUCAGUGUGAGACUAGCUCUUCUUGUUAGGAAACAUCCAAACCGUAGCCCAAAGCCUAAGACUGCGCAGCUUAAAUGAUCAUUUUGUCAGAGCAGAACAUGGAGGCUGAGAAUGACUUAUGGUGCAUUCGAGCCAAGUCAGAUUUGGCAGCUAUUCCCUUCUGCCUGUGGUACUACAUUGGACACUUCAGCAUGUCUCCUGUUUAGGACUGGCACCUCAAACUACCUGGACACUUUGCCAGAAAUUAAGACAUCAGUCACUCAGUGCUAAAGUGGAAAAAUAAAGAAGUCAAAAUUCUACACAGUAGCAGCACUCCAAACCAGUACUAUCAGUCUUUUCAGUUUAUCAUGGAGGUGUUAAUAGCAAGGUGUUUGGCAGCUCAUAUUUUCUCUACCAGCUGAACAAAAAUGGUGCCUUGUGAAAUUAAGGUGUUUAUUUAUUAUAUUUUAUCCCCCUUACAUGCUGGCGGUUCGACGUUAAUCAUAAUUCAUUAAGCCGUUUUGUGUCAUGUAAAUAUUGUGACCUGAGUAGACAAAGUUUUAUUCAGUUGCUAUAAAUUCAUGAUCAAAAUUGCAUUUGUCGAACAUCGAUUUCGUCCCAAAUAUUAUCCACUCGCUUAUGUGUUAAGCUCUAAUGCUAUUGAAGAAAUUCCAGUGUAAAUGAAGUAUUAAUUGAAGGGUAAUGUACUCAAUAAGGGCACAACAAAUAGCUAAAUUCUGCUUCUUCGUUUCUUUUUUUAAAUGGGUAUUAUGACCAUUUUGAUAAUGCUUUACAUUUUCUGAACCUGCAUGCUCUGAUUGUAUGCACACACAUUUUGAGGAAAUAUCGAAUUUCAAUUUGGAGAUCUUCUACAUUGUUUGAUAAGUUUUUUGAAUAACUAGUUUUUAAUUCAUAAAACUUUUUUUUUGUAAAUUGUAUGAAUAUGGAAAAAAAAGCAAUUAAAGGACAUAUAUAGCAAAGAAUAAAAAAAUAUUGAUACGCAAGCAUAUGCAUUGUACAUAAUUGUAUGUAGGAAUUACGCCUCCAUGUUUUUGUGUACCUGUGUAUACACAUGUUUAAAGAUAUGUAUACUGCACUGUACAUAUGUAUAUACAUUUAAGCUCGCAUGUGUUUGAUCAUAUUUGUUGUUCAUGAUCUUGUAGAGGUUUUUUUUUUAUUAUUUCUCUUUCAAGUUCAACUUUUUGUGCAACCAUCUCAGUGCAGUAUUGAGCACUUAAAUACACUUGAUCUUGCUCAUGUCAUUCAUUGUGCAAAAAAAUAAAAAAAUAAAUAAAAAGGAAUUUAUCAAA